UUUUUAUUUUGUGUAGUAGCAGUUACGUAAUACAUUUAAGUGGUAUGAAUAUUUUCUGCAAGUAUUUUAACUUUUCAACUUUCCUCGUUCAUAAUGUGUCUAUAAAGAAACAGAGUAAACAUAUUUCCUGUCAUGUUUCAAUUUUUGGCAGGACCAGCUUUACUCUGACACUUCACUGCCCCCUACUUGACGUUGUUGCUUUGACCUCUUUUGUAUUUUACUGUAUUUGUUCAAUAAUUGCAUACAACAACCUGAGAGAUAAAUAUGUAACAAACUGAAGCAGACUUUACAUGCUGGUUUAUUUUUGUAUUAUGAUGGAGCCUGCAUUAUUAUCUGUGUUUGCUGCAUUAUUAAUGACUUAUCUCUCCCUAUCUUCUCCGUCUCUUCUUCCUGCUCCUAAAACUGAAACCACGUGAUUAGAAACAGAUAGGCAUAGACUGGCUGUGAAUGGAAAGACGACAGCAGAGGCUCGUGCUCCUCUCCCUCCUUUGUAGCGUACACUCCUUCGGCUGCAGUACCAAAGAUGUAAAAGGAGAUGACGAGCAGAGGCAGCAGAGGGGAGGAUGGUAAAGUGAGGCAGGGCGGGGUUGCUGAGUAACAGAGGCAGGAGAAGAAGGAAGCUGCUUUUACGGAGGAAGAGAGUGAAUCCACACAACCUGUGCCGGCAGCAGAUGAGGGAGGGGGGGCUUCCAGACUGGAUAGGCCCAGCAAUGCCUUGAUGGAGUAUGGGCCAGGUUUUAGGAUUCUCCCAAUGCCAGGAAUAUGGCUCUGUGGCAUCCACUCCAGACUCCACACCUCCAUGCACCGAUGGCGGCAAUGAGGAGUCAGAGAUGUGCGAGCUGCAAACAGCCAGAGAGUGGUCUGAUGAUGAUGAUGAAGAGGAGCAGGCAGGAGAUCCAAAUGAUGAUGAAGGACAAGCUUCAUCCCCAUCCAUCUGGGGAACCCCUCGCCAGCACUCCUUAGAGCUGACCUUCUCUUACAUUGCCAUCGCAGAAGCCGAAGCAGUUGGGACCUCACGCCAUCAGCGUGAGAGACGCCGGGGUGUCCCACGGCUGGGUCGCACUCCUUUGAUUCGAACUGACACGCUGGAGAUGCUCUUGGACUCCCCUGAUAUGGACUGGGAGUCACAGGCUUUUCUCUGUCAAGAUGAAGAAGAGGCAACAUCAGAUUCUAGAGCCCAGGAGCGAGUGGAACCAAGUACAACAAGGCCUGUGGAAAGAAGAGAAAGGGAACAAAGGGAAACUAUUACAGUGCAUCCUUCUCCGGAAACUGUGGACUCAGAAAGUCAAAGGACAGACACAGGAGAUGGACAAGAAGAGAGUGCACGCCAGAUUGGCAAACAUCCUUCUGAGAUCCAGUCAUCUCAGCAACAUAGUCCCUCACAGACAGUCCAGGCUGCAGAGGAUUCACCAACCUUAGAGACUGAGUCUCCCGUCACCUUGGAAACCAUUUCAGUCAAGCUACUCACAUCUGUGCGACCCACAGACCCAGCAUGCGCAUCUCUGUCUUCUGUGGACGGUAACUCUCAGGAACAGCUGGUCAGAGAUCACUGGUUUUCAGCACCGUACCUAACUGAGGAUCUGACUGUAUGCAUCCGCAUAGCAGUGAUGGACCUUAUCUACUGGAAGGACACAGAGAAAAGUGGGAUGGUGCUCACAGCCUUGGUGGUGGGCUUCCUUUCGCUGUUCCAGCUAAGCAUCAUCUCUGUGGUCUCCACAGUCUCCCUGGCAGUCAUGUGUUUCACUAUCUCAGUACGCAUCUACUACCAGUUGCUCUAUAUCCUCAACUGGGGGGACGGAGAGCAUCCCUUCAAGUCAUACUUGGAUCUCAACAUCAGUUUCAGUGGAGAGCAGGCUGACUUCUACAUGCAAAAAGCCAUCUCUCUGACUCUGUCUGCCGUUGAUACCCUAAGGAGGCUGUUUUUUGUAGAAAAUCUUUUUGAAUCCCUAAAGUUCCUGUUUUUGAUGUACCUCGUCACAUACCUGGGAGGCCUUUGCAAUGGCCUUACUGUUCUCAUCAUCAGUGUGAUUGCUCUCUUUUCUUUGCCUCUUUUCUAUGAUAGACGCCAGGAUCAAGUGGACGGCUUUAUUGGAAGAAUUCAGGCCCAAAUUGACAAUGUCAAGGACUUUCUGCGAAGACUUGCCCAAGGUGGCGGCCCUCCUCCUGACACAACUCCUGGUGGUGCCAAACCUAAAACCCAGUAAAAUCUCAUGGACAACAACUUAGGAGAAGCUUCCAGAGUUGCAGAUUGUCACUCAAUGUCUUACUCAACUAUGUGUCCUGAAGACCUCCAGAGUAUGGGUCUGCAGAAACUGGGAAACUGAAGGAAAGAGCAACGAUGGACUGUACACAUAAACUAUGUCUCAUUUCUAAGGGUCAUAGGAUAGAGCUCAGAUGUUCUUAAGGUGAAAUCAAAGUUUAUGAGUUCUAGGUGAAAAUGAUCUGGUGUCAGAGGGGAAUAUCAUCUUUGAGAAUAUUAUUUCAGUGUGUCAUAAAAGAGGUUCAGUGACCUUCUUUGGGUUGUUGUACAUAUGUGUGCUGAAGAACAUGAGUGGGAGUUUCUCACCCUGACCCUCUUCUGAAACUGAGGAAUUCAGUCAGUUGUUCAGUUGAUUUAUUUUACAUGAGGGGACAAACACAGGGAUUAUCAUGGCAGCAUAAAAUGACCAUAUCUACAUUUCUGAUGCAUUUUCAUUCUCACAACUAUUUAUCUGCAUGAACGCCGCUUUGUUGUUUUGUUUGUUAGGGUCUGUUCUGACAAAAUUACUAAAAUGAGCUUGCUAGCCCCAAACAAUUAUAGUCAAUUUUCGUCUUUGUUUUCGAAAUGUUCUUUUCAAAUCUACCCCAGCUGCCAUUCACAUUCAUUUAUACUUCAGUUAUAUUUGUUUUAAUUCUAUGUUUAGUCUCUGAUAUUUUCCCCCUUUUUAGGUGUAACAGAAAAGCAUAAAGAUGAGAUUUGCAAUAAUUUUACACCAGAAGUGGAAGACAAAUCAUAGACUCAGAAGUCCUGACAGGAUGUUUGUUGUUGAGUGUUUGUUUAGUGAAAGGUUUAAGAUUUUAAACAGAUCCUCCCAGUGCUCUUAAUGUAUUCUUCUCCAGCUUUGAAUGGAACCUGACAAACUGAGGAAGUAAGACGCAGAAGGUGCCUUAUUUGACUGCAGGUUUUUGUGCAUGAUCUCAUUCACAAGCCUUACUGCAACCAUUACUUUAUCUGACCAUCACCUCCCACAGAAUGCUAUUUUGUGUGAUUAUAGUAUUAUAUAUAGAUGCAUACGCAGGAUUUUAAAGCAGAAUUGUAACAAAAUCAGUUUCAGGAAUCUUUAAAGUAUUCAGAAUGCUCAGCUAUUUCAGCCCAAAUUUCAUUUCAGA